AUGGAGCCUAUUUCAUCCGAAUCAAUUCCCGAUACCACUGAUAGAGCCUUCCUGGAUGUACCGGGGGCACCACCGGUGACGUCACGCACGAACGCGUCGCAGCCACGAUCCGUCGCGUUGAGCCCAUACGCAAGUUCCAGCAGAGAAGUAGAUCGAAAUGCCACUAUCGAACGGUUCGCAGAGCGAGCUAGGCAGCAGUUUGAAGAUCUUCUUUGGUCGCUUGAACCAAGCGAGCUGCGAGAUAUCGCGUCGGCGAUAGAGCAGAACGGCCACCAUAGGCUGUCUAGAAAGCGCCAAAGGAGAUCGGAAUCAAACGUCGAAACCAGCACGCGUCUGCGGUCUGCCUCUGACGAUGUAGCAAUUCCAGGCCCCUCAUGCGGAAAUGAAGGGUCGGAGGCGGCGAUUUGCGUACGAUGCUUUAGGAAUUGGGCGAAGGCGAUCGACGGCAACAAAGAUAUCGUCGAGUGUGUUACGGAGAAGCCGAAGCGGAAGAAAUGCGAGUCAUGUUCGUUGAAACGUGUAUCAUGCGAAUACAUCCCUUACGAUGGUGCUAAAACACUUCGUCGGCUCAAAGUCCAGAUGGAUCAGGCAUCCGCUGCCGAUUGGCCUGCUGCGCGUAGGAAAUUUGAACGAGAAUACUGGAGACUCAGCGACUAUAUCUACGACCAUCCUAUCCCGGCCGAGACGGACCGCAAAGCAAAGCAGAGGGCACAUAAAAGACUUCAACGCCGAGCGAUUCUCCAUGCAGAGAACGCAGAGAACGCAGAGAACCAAGUGGGCAAUUCGGACAUUCGCGAAGGAGAUAUAUCUGAUAUAUCUACGGAUUCAGACGGAGAGGAGGAUGAUCUUGCAGUUGAGGCCCAGAUCCGGGAGGAAACACAACGCACUUUGUGA